CUCAUAUGACUGGGUGUUUUAUUAUGAAUUUGACUCAUGUGUAAUGAAGCGUAACGUUUGUGUAAUUUAUGGAGUCGGUAGAAUGACAAUCAAAGCUUGAACUUCGUGUGUGAUUGAAACAAGUGGAACCAGUCCCACCAAUUCUAUUUCACGUUAGUACGGUUUAUGGUGGCUGUGUACAUAAUUAGAUAAAGAAGAAUGGCGUCUAUAACGUGUAGCAAUCGACAUGUUGCCAUCGCAAGUGGGUCCAAAGUUAAAGUGAUUUCAUACAGCGAUCCAAGUCAGGUGGUGGUGUUUGAUUUGAAGGGUAAACCAAAGGAGAUGGCCGAGAAGACGAGUGAAAAGCAGAAAGAAGAGAAGAAAGCUGAAGAGGAAACAGCCGCAGGAAUCGCCGGUGUUCCAACGGGGCGUGUUCUGGCUACAGCCUUCUCAAGGAGUGGUGCACACUUUGCAGCAUGCACAGAUGACAAGGAGCUGACAAUCUGGAGCACGGAUCCCAGCUGGAAAAAGCUUUGGACAAGGACAGUGGUUAAGCGCUGCAUGGCUGUGACCUUCGAUAGCAGUGAGACUGCCCUCUAUGUUGCCGACAAGGCAGGUGACGUCUAUCGAUUUGAGAUUGGAGAUGAGAAUAAGGAGCACACCCUGAUUCUCGGACAUGUAUCCAUGUUAUUAGAUGUGGUAGUCUCACCGGAUGAUAACCUCAUCAUGACGGCUGAGAGAGAUGAGAAGAUCAGAGUUAGCCAUCUUCCUAAUGCAUACAAUAUACACACCUUCUGUAUGGGGCACACAGAGUUUAUCAGCAGAUUAGCCAUGUUGGGAUCAGAUCAUCUUAUCUCCUGUGCAGGGGACUCAACUAUGAUAAUGUGGGACUACAGGGAAGGAAAGGAACUCUGUAGGACCUCAUUUGAAUGGGCCAGACCGUCAACGGAAGAACGUGGACAGAAAAACGAGGCGACAGUGACGUGCAUAUCGUGCUCGAAGGAACACAGUCUUGUUGCUGUGACUGUAUUAGAUCAUUCCACUGUCCCGAUCUACCACAUCAAGACAGAGAAAGAUGGACGUAGGACAUUCCAAGAGGUCACUAGGAUCGAAUGCAAGCAUCCUCCUUGGUCUGUGACCUUUGACCCCAGUGGAAGACUACUGGUCCUACUACCUGACCCUGAGGCACCCCUCCUCGUCUUUGCGGUAGAAACGAAUGAUGAUGAUGGGGUCUUACAGGUUUCGGAGGACCUGUCAUCAGAGGGCAGUGCAGCACUUCUGGCUCAACAGGUACAGCAAGACUGGGAGUUCUUGAAAUGUUCUUGCGAUGUCCUAAGUGUCUUCAAGGGCCUUCACAAGGUACCCUUUGACAACAUGUCGGACUACCUCCAGCGAAAACAAGAGAGGAUGGAUAACGACCAAACAAAGAAAGGCCCGCGGAGGAGAGCAAGGAGAUGGAACAAGAGCAAAAAGCGGCCCAUAGAGGGCGCUACAGGCAAUGGUGAUGCUGCUAAAAGGACUAUGCUGGAUGAGGAGGAGGAUGACGAGGAGGGUGAAGAGGAUGUUGAUGAAGAGAUAGAGGCAGUCGAAGCAAAUUCAUAGCCACCCAGACAAAGAAAGGCCAGAGAAGGAGAGCAAGGAGGAUGAACAAGGGCAAGAAGCGGCCCAGGGCGCUACAGACAAGGACGAUGCUGGAUGAUGAGGAUGAUGAAGAGGAGGAUGAGGAGGAGGAGGAGGUCGAUGAUGGAAAUGAUGAUGCGGAUGGAAUGGAGGUGGUCGAAGCAAAUUCAUAGCCAUAGCAAAAUAGAUGGACUGACUUACUUAUAUCAUCUAUUGUCAACUUGAGGACAGAUAAUGGAUUUAAAGAGAGAGGGUACGAGCUUUGGACAAGGUAGAAAUAGACAGAAAGAAGGAACCAGAAGAAAGAGAAGGAGAAGGAAGAGGAAAAACAGAAGAGGAGGGGAAGGGAAGCUGAGAGAAGAGGAGAGGUAAGAAGAGAGAUGGUACUGCAGAAUAGAGACUUUCUUCAUGCUUAUUGACUUGACUGAAUUUAUCAACGCUUGGAUCACAGGAGCAGGAAUAACCAGACCAAAGCACUUUUACGAAUUGAAUGUGUUCAUAAACACAUUAGGAUUGCCAGCAUCCUUGUUGGGAUAAUUUGUCUCCAUCAGAAUUUGUUCAUUCUUAUUGUUACCCAGCAUGUUGUGUACCGGCAAGGAAUCCAGGAAAGAUUUUAACAUGUUGUGAUGUUGAAAUGAUCGUGAUAAUAAUGAUGAACACUGAUUAGAUUAGUAAUGACUAUGUGGAUAGAGGAAGCUUUCGAUGAGAUCUUAAAUUAAGUGAGUCUGUAACAUUGCCUCAGAUUCUGAAACAAAAUUCCUGGAUUAAGCUCAUGCUGCAAUCAUAAUUAAAAACAUUUAGGUCGG